AUGCUUUUAUUUUUAAACCAGGUUUAUGCUGAUUUAUAUAAAACUCUCAUUACGCAUGACAACUUCAUUAGCGAUAUGAAACCCAACAGCGUGUCCAACGAAAUGCUGACGCUGUACGAAGCGCAGUGUCGUGCCCAUGAGACGGUGUUGGCUUUACAAGCACAAAUCGAAGAGGAAGAAUCCGUGUACUUUGAAGAAACUCCGCAUGGAAAUAUUAUUCGAGGCUGGGACGGCUUCAUCGAUUCAAAACAGCCGCGCAAAGACGCCAACCUAAAAAAGAUUAAACCGUACACUGAUUCGGAACAUCUCUUCUCUAGCUGUUGCUUGUAUUCUAGCAUGGCAAGUGAGCCAAGUAUUGACCAGGUGGAUAUCUAUGGCUCAAUCAAAGACGAGAACAUUACUCGACCACGUAAACUUACAGUCACGUUGUCAGUGGGAAAAGGGACGGGCACAGCAGGGAGUAUCAGUGGAGUGGUAGACAGUGCCGCCGCUCCACACAGCACGAACGCGGUUUACAAUGGAACUAUGGUGCCAAAGACGAGCAAAACUCCGGUCACUCAUCUCGUGACGGGAAAAGAGGCAGCAGCUUCGAGUUACCAAAACAGCAAAGCCUCCAAGCUUAUGAAGAGGAAGAGAGAAGCUGAGGCGGCAGCGGCUGUCACUGCAAGGUUGCACGAGACGGUGUCAACAAACAUGCCGACUAUUAAUGCCGUGACAACGAGCACGACUACAACUGUAGCGGUACAGCCACCCGCGAGUGAUUUCCUCGAUGUGCUAUAA